AUGUCUGGCUUCGACGAUCCGGGAGUUUACUACAGCGACAGCUUCGGAGGCGGAGAGGGAACCGGUCCCGAUGAGGGGGGGCUGAAGCGGACCCAGAUCAAGAAGCGGUUCCGUGAGUUCCUCCGGCAGUUCCGAGUGGGAACGGACCGAACCGGGUUCACGUACAAAUACAGAGAUGAGCUGAAGCGACACUACACCCUGGGGGAGUACUGGGUGGAGGUGGAGAUGGAGGACCUCGCCAGCUUUGAGGAGGAUCUGGCCGACUGUCUCUACAAGCUGCCCACGGAGAACCUUCCACUGCUGGAGGAAGCUGCAAAGGAAGUGGCUGAUGAGGUGACCCGCCCCCGGCCUGUGGGGGAGGAGACGGUGGAGGACAUCCAGGUCAUGGUGAAAAGCGACGCUCAUCACGCGUCUAUCCGCUGCCUCAAGUCGGAGCAGGUGUCUCGCCUGGUGAAGGUGCACGGCAUCAUCAUAUCGGCCACACCCGUGAGGGCCAAGGCCACCAAGGUGUGUCUGCAGUGCCGCGGCUGCCGCAACCUCAUCAGCAACAUCCCUCUGCCCCCCGGCCUGCAGGGCUACGCUCUGCCGCGCAAGUGCAACAGUGAGGGCGCCGGCAGCGUGAAGUGUCCCAUCGACCCGUACUUCAUCCUCCCUGACCGCUGCGUGUGCGUGGACUUCCAGACGCUGCGGCUGCAGGAGUCUCCGGACGCCGUGCCUCACGGAGAGAUGCCGCGGCACAUGCAGCUCUACGCCGACAGGUAUCUGUGUGACCGUGUGGUCCCGGGCAACAGGGUGACCAUCAUGGGAAUCUUCUCCAUCAAAAAAAUGGCUGCUGCCAAGACCUACGGCAGAGAGAAGAGCUCCGGUGUGGGCAUCCGUGCGUCCUACCUGCGAGUGAUCGGCAUCCAGGUGGACACGGAAGGAACAGGACGUGGUGCCACUGGGUCAGUUACACCGCAGGAAGAGGAGGAGCUUAGAGGACUGGCGGCGUCUCCUAACAUCUACGAAUCUCUGGCGCGUUCCAUCGCUCCCUCCAUCUACGGCAGCGACGAUCUGAAAAGGGCCAUCACCUGCCUGUUGUUUGGAGGUUCGAGGAAAAGGCUGCCUGAUGGUCUCAACCGCAGGGGCGACAUCAACCUGCUGAUGCUGGGAGAUCCGGGUACGGCCAAGUCACAGCUGCUCAAGUUUGUGGAGAGAUGUUCACCUAUCGGGGUGUACACCUCAGGUAAAGGCAGCAGUGCUGCUGGUCUGACUGCCUCCGUGCUCAGAGACCCCAACACCCGAGGGUUCAUCAUGGAGGGCGGAGCCAUGGUGCUGGCUGAUGGCGGAGUCGUGUGCAUCGAUGAGUUUGACAAGAUGAGAGAAGACGACAGAGUGGCCAUCCAUGAAGCCAUGGAGCAGCAGACCAUCUCCAUCGCUAAGGCUGGCAUCACCACCACCCUGAACUCCCGCUGCUCUGUCCUGGCUGCGGCCAACUCGGUGUUCGGCCGCUGGGACGACUCAAAGGGCGAAGACAACAUCGACUUCAUGCCCACCAUCUUGUCCCGUUUCGACAUGAUAUUCAUCAUCAAGGACCACCACGAUACGGAGAGAGACAUGACUCUGGCUCGUCACGUGAUGAACGUUCACCUCAGUGCUCACACGCAGACAGAGGGUGUUGAGGGAGAGAUCCCACUGGCCACCUAUAAGAAAUACAUCGCCUAUGCCAGAGUUAAAUGUGGCCCCCGACUGUCUGCUGCCGCUGCUGAGAAGCUGAAGAACAGAUACGUGGUGAUGAGGAGCGGAGCGAGGGAGCACGAGAGAGAGAGUGACAAAAGACCCUCCAUCCCCAUCACUGUCAGGCAGCUGGAGGCGGUCGUGCGAAUCGCAGAGUCUCUGGCGAAGAUGAAGCUGCAGGCGGUGGCUGGAGAGGCGGAGGUGGACGAGGCGCUCCGACUCUUCCAGGUCUCCACACUGGACGCUGCAAUGUCCGGCAGCCUGUCAGGUGCGGAGGGCUUCACGUCUCAGGAGGACCAGGAAAUGAUCUCGCGCAUCGAGAAGCAGAUGAAGAGACGCUUCGCCAUCGGCUCCCAGGUGUCGGAGCACAGCAUCGUCCAGGACUUCACCAAACAGAAAUAUCCGGAGCACGCCGUCUACAAGGUCCUGCACCUGAUGCUGAGGAGGGGAGAGAUGCAGCACCGCAUGCAGAGGAAGGUUCUCUACAGAGUCAAGUAGAGCGACCUGCGUCUCCAGUGUCUCCACUAUACUGAUGCUGAUGUAAAUAGUUCUUAUCUCCAUGUUUGUGCUUCUCUGUAUUUACCAGUAAUCUCUCGUCUCAGUCACGGUGAAUGCUCUUCCUGUGUUUGUUUCCUGACUGACUCAGUAAAAUCUUAAAUCCUGGCAACAACAGUCUCAUCAGAUGUUAUAAAGAAAGUUGUUGGAUAAAACUGUUCAGCUGUAGAUGCUGUUUUUUUUGUCAAUAUAAAG